AUGACAGCCGAAUCAAAAGCAGAUGCCAACGUUGGCUCAUGCCCAACUUACGCAGGACUCGCCAGUCAACAUUUACUUUUUGCCGAGCUGGUUAGCAACAGAGGUGGUUUUAUUUCGCAUCGUGAAGAAACAAUUUCGAAGUCUGAAUGCGCUCGCUAUGCAGCGCACAAAAGAAGGUCAGUGACAGAUCUCCGAACUUUAUCGACCGGUUUCGCUUUGCCUCGUCACCGCGGCGAUAAUUAUAAUCAUCAUCCAUUUUGUCCUAGUUUUUGUGGCCAAAGAUCUCCAAGAUCAGCAAUAAGCAAGCAAUAUGCCGUCAAUCAGGCAAAACGUGGUGUUCCGCCAAGUGGUGCCCUCAAAGAAGAAAAAUUGGAAGCAUCAUUUCCUUCAUCUAUAAUCAUAAAAGAAGAGAAAACAAAAUCUAGAAUUCCAGUGAGAACAUUUGAAGCUACCUCUCCAUCAUGCACAAUAACGACAGCGACAAGUAGCAAUUCAUCAUCACCCUCUGUCAUCAAUGAACGAGUUUCAUCAAGUAACAAAAAGACUAUGAUCCCUCGACUGAUUCCGACUCGUUUCUUACCAUCGACGAAUCAUACUGCGGCCGUCGUCGAUCUAUCGAAGAUCAAAAAUAAGGCAAUGACGAGUUUCUUAAACGUGGCUCAGACAAAUAAUGACGCGAACCCAUUACAAGAUAUAAUGGAACAACAAGCCGAAUUAAAAGCCUACUAUGACAGUUUUCCAAAUAUUGAUGAUGCUACAAAUCAAACAGACUUAGACAUUAAAAAAGCUGAAGAAUUCACGGACUCAAUAUUACAUCAUUUACCAUCGGGCGAUGUGAAUGAUAGAGAAACUCUAUUGCAUGUUCUAAACAACUUGCUUACAAAUAAAAAUCAACAAUGCUUAUUUUAUGAUUCUGCAAAAGGUAUAAAUCUUCAUGAUGCAUCUGGAAAUUUAGCUGAUAUUAAUUUCCACGACAGACCAUUCGUAUUGAAAUUAAAAAGUAGUAAAGGAUUAGGAAAGGAUAAAAUUGAAAAAGAUGAAUACGAUGACUUGAAACUUAUUCAAACAUUAAAUAAUGUAAUUGAACAAAAGAAAUUUCAUCCAAUUAUUGAAGAUAUACUUGAACGUUUAUCAAAAGCACAUGAUAUUGAGAAAAAAUAUAUUGCUAUAAAACGUGUGUAUAUUGGAACAUUUAACGUAGUUUAUACUGUAAUGGAUUUGGUGCGUCAUGUACUGGAAUCGAUUCAAGACGCUUCACUAAAAUUACGGAUACAAUUUGAAGAAUUUGUAAGUGCAAGAAUUCAUCCAUUACUAUACCGUCCAUCAUUUGAUAUAUCGUAUUUUGAUGACCGUGGUAAUAAAACUUUUUCUAACGAAUCGGAGAUUCAUGAAGUUGGUCCACCUGGACAUACUAAAUUGUAUACCUCACCUACUGAAUGGACUAGAUAUGGGUUAAAAGUCUUGAGCAAAUAUCCAACUGAUGAUUGGUUGCAUCCAUUUCAAGGUCCUGGAAAUUGGUACAGAGCUUUUCAUGGAACAGGGCGUGCAGAUGCUAAAGAUUUUGGUAAUUAUAAUCAACCAUUGGACAAACAGUAUGCAUGUGUUGAUGCUCUUUCAAGUAUUUUUGUUAAUGACUUUUGCAAAGCAAGAGUCCAUGCAUUCGGAGAAGGUGUUUACUGUUCUCCAAAUCCUAAGUUUCUUGAGAAUAGAUAUGUUGGCACUGUUCCAUUGGAUACUCGACAAGGAAAGAAAAAUUUCAAAUGUAUGUUGCAGGUAGCCGUAAAUCCUGAUGGUGUUAACUGUGUCAAAGAUGAUACAUGGGUCGUAGCUAAUCCUAAGGAUAUUCGACCUUACGGUAUACUUAUUAAAGAAGUUUAA